AUGGCUGCUGGCACCGGCCUUUACAACUCCUCAGAGCCUGUCCACACAAUGCCUUCCCCCGCCCCAAACGAUAGCAAUUCCGACGGCACCACCAACGGAACCCAUUCCACAGCGAACCAUGACAACGAGAACUCACAUCCCUCGCCAGCCUCUUCAUCUUCUUCUGGCUCCGACGUAGAGUCAGAGCGGAAAUCUAGAGCAGACCGUCCCCGCAUCGCUAGUAGGAAACCUAGCGCCUCGAUACUUGUUCCGCGAGACCAUCCUGAAAUUGAGAUCGAAAAGGAAGAGUUUCCGCCAGAUGACGCUCGUGCAAUGAGCCCACGAAGGAACUUUGCAGAUAUCAAGAGACUCGGUACUCAGGCGAGACUUACGCUCCAGGAGCAAGCAAAGACGCUACAGUCGUCAUUACAGGCUCUGGCCGACCGGAUUGAUGAGGUCAAGUCGGACCAUGACAAGCUGGAGAACGAGAACCGCUUCCUGCAGGACUACAUCGGUGGUUUGACCAGAACCAUGUCUACCAAGACUGAGCUUACCUCGACCAGCGGCGCAGGCAAGGGCAAGAAGUCUCAUAAAUAA